ACUGUCAAACUACCCGCCGCCACGCUGUGAACGUUUCUGUGAAGCAAUCGGCCGACACUGAGAACUUUCGUUUCUGUUUCGCGCAUGAAUGAAUGAAAUAUUUCAAGCGAAUGGUUUCCAUGGUUACCGUAAAGGAAGCACAUUAGGACUAAUAGAAUAGUAUUUUGAUAUUGUAGAAUAUGUUUUCUCGUCAAAAGUGUUUCAAAACAGGAAUUUACCGCACUAAUGGGCUUGUGGACAACUGGAAAUUCAGAAUCUCAUUGAAGAAAAUCUAUUCGUUGAUUGAAAUUCCUCAGUUCGAUCAAUCCUGUGAGGCCAACCUUUUCGAAGAGCCGUCCAACAAUGCAGAGGAAGAGAUGCAAAUCGGAUGGCAAGAGAAGGUAUUCAGUCAAAAUGAAGUCGAAUACUAUAGCGUCCGAGAAAACUGCAGCAAUGAUCUUCAGAAGAGCUAUCACAAUACGAUUAAGUCGACCGGUUUAGCAGACCGAGAAAAUCGAGGGAAAAUCUUCACCUACACCACAACCGACAACUACGCUCCCGAUGAGGAACUUUGCAUGGCAGCGCGAGGAAUACGUCCAGGUGCUGAUCAGGAGGAUGAAUACGAAACCAUGUUCAUCAUGGCUGACCUCGACAGCGAGGUUGUUCUGUUCACCAUUAAAUGGAACUCCAAGGAAAACAUGCUGCUCGUGUAUCCUGACUUCAACUGCAUGGCCAUCAAUCCGUAUUACAAAGAAAUUCAAGGUGACAGUCGACAGAUGUAUCAUUUCGGGAUUCAAAAUCUCUGCAACAAGUUGAAACGUUCAGCAUCCAGGGAAACUGUUCAAAUUCAAGACGCUCUAUUGGUUAAGUUAACAAGAUUAACCCUGCGUGAGGAAUUGUCGAAAGCUAACUUCUCCUUUCCUGAAAACCAUCAGCUGCAUUUUCUAUUGCUGCUCGAAAUUGUAUCUGGUGAGGACUUCGCAUACGAUAAUACGCACGUACGGUUCACAUUUGAAUUGCCCAUUGAAGUAAAAAUCAUCGAAGGAUUCAUCGACGGGUGUACCCACAGCAGUAAGAGAACCGAUGGAAAGUGGCAAUAUUCCCACUGCCACCAAUUACUGUUAAAAGUUCCGGAAUAUUUUGAUAUUGGAGAUAGUGUCAAAAUAUACUUCGAAGUUAUUUCCAUAGACACGUGGAAACGGGAACGUUUGUUGGGAAAUGCAUAUCUCUCUAUACAACUUCAACCCCAAAUAUUAGAAUCAUCCUUGAAGUGCAUUAAAAUAGAGAACAAUAAAAGUUUUUACGAUAAGCUGGAAGCAUUCUUGGUUGGAGGACGAAGAAAGCUAAAUCUGAAGGAAUUCUUCGGGCAGAACGAUUCAGCUCUACUCAAUCGCUACGGAAGCCGUACCGAAGUCGCUGGAGAACUAAAUAUCAAAUGUCAAAUAAUUCAACAACGUAGACCACACAUAAUUCAACUGACUGGAACUGGGACAAAAAGGCAUGGAAAGUUUAGAUCCAAUGUAGUGACUAUCGAAGAAUUGCUAUCGUCGUACCAAAGGGCUCGAGAGCGAUUAGAAGAAAUCGUUAAUCUCAAAUACUGAUGAAAUAAAUCAAACUUGAAGCAAUGUUGCAGAAUGCCUAAUAAUUUUCCCAAAAACCAUUACAGCAAAAAGUAAUUGGCUUCAAAUUUCGACUACUUAAUUAA